AUAGAUGGAUAAAUAGAUAGAACUUCAAAUUGACUUCGGUAAGCCACCAAAAAGCAAUGUCGGCGAGAAAAGACUAUUAUAAUAUUCUUGGAAUAUCUCGGGAAGCGUCGCAAGAUGAAAUAAAACGAGCCUAUCGUAAGCUAGCUCUGAAGUAUCAUCCAGACAAGAACAAACGGCCUGAUGCUACGAAGAAAUUUCAAGAUUUAUCUGAAGCAUUUUCAGUUCUAUCUGAUCCAGCCAAACGACGUAGAUAUGAUUUGGGAAGGCAGGGAAGCAGGAACCCGUUCUCAACUGACAGUCAUACCAAUUUUGAUUUUGGCAGUUUCACUACUACGUUUAGCGGCGAUAUUUCAACAGAAAAUUUUACAAUGGAUGAUGCCUUUAAUGUAUUUUCAGACUUCAUGUAUGGAGGUGAUAUGCCUGUGUUUUUCCAGGAAGAAAGUAUGACGUAUCACAAAGUUGAUGUGCCCUUGUCUGUAGCACAACAUGGAGGGCAAAUAAAGCUCCCUUUUGAAAAUGAUGAAGGGGAAAAUUCCCUCCAUAUUAAUGGUAUAUAUAGUGGAAAAUGGAAGCCAUUCAUUGCUGUGGGAAAGAAGGAUACUGUCAUUCUAAAAGUUGUCUUUCCCUCUGAUAUGAGUUUGGAAGAAAGACGUAGGCAGCAAAAAAUGUUUCUAGGAAUUCAUGCUAUAUCAUGGUUAGCUAAUACUUUUCAAGAUGUCAUAGAAAACCAUCCUAUCAUGGGGGCAAUUGGUUUGGGAAUUGGGGCAACUGCUUUGUUUUGGUUAUCUGUCAAAAAGUUAACUGAAUGAUUAUGAAUUCACUACAUUGCAUAUGUCCAUGUACAUGUAUUUGGGGGUUCAAGUGGACAUUUAGUCAGGGUGCAUUCUGUGAAGCCUCCACUUAUGACUUAUUAUAUAUUGUGAUGCUUGUUGGUGCAUCAAUUGUAUAAUGUACCAAUGCAAAUAAUGUUAUACAUAGCGAAUGAUUAGCGAAUCCGAUCACUAAUACUGUGUGCCAGCACAGUUUCUUAGGCAAAACACCUAUUCAAACAAACAUCCAUUAAUAAAUGUUAGGAGUACAUGUUUACUGUAGUCAUCAUAAUUUGUUUUUUUAGUCUACAUUUGCGAAUGCAUAUAUGUAAUGUUCUUAUCCACUCUAGGAGUCCCCUUUUUUCUAUUUACAAGUGUGCAAAUCUUUUAUUUAUCAUUGGAAGAGUUUCAGCAUAAAAAACACAUGAAUGCAUCUUGGUGCUUCGGCUUAUUUAGUUAUUUGAGUGAGAAGGUCAACUACAGAUGUUUUCAUGCUUAUGUUGCACAAGAGUGAGCCAAUAGUGUGAAAUACACAUAUUUGUUACUUAUUAGCAUGUUUGGGUAAUACACAUAUGCAAAACUAACUUUCUGAGACUACUGUGUCAGAUAUAGGGAUUACCAAAUCCAGUAGGGAUCAUCAAAUCUAGAUUUGGUUAUCCCUACUCAAACCUAUUGGGGUCAUUUGAGACCUAAGAAUAUAUGUAUAUAUAUAAUUUAUUUUAAUAUUCUUAAUACAAUUUUUCAAUUGAGUAAGUUGCUACUUCACUGUUGCAGAUCUAAUCUGUUUUGGACAAUAAUCAAACACACAUCCUAUGAUUCCUAUGAUUUGCAUGGCUGCAAAACAACUUAUAUUAUAGAUAAAUAAGAUCAGUAGAUCAAGGACCCCUUAUCAUUAUGGUCGAAUUUGAAUUUAUUUGAUUAGUCUUUGUAAAUAUGUAAAUAUA